AUGGACGUUGGAUCUUGUCCUAGCGGUAAAUUCAAGCUCUACGACCAGUUAGAACUGCAGGAGUUUCAGGACAAGUUCGUGAUCAAAUCCGUCGAGGCUCCAGAUCAAGGCUUCUUGAUCGACCGUCGUGACUGGACCAUUGAAUUUGCUGAAAUUCGGUGGCUUGAAGGAGAAGAACCACAGGCCAAGGUCUAG